AGCGAACUCCCGCCUCUGCUUGUCAAAUCGACCAAAAAAUAGCGGCGCAAUUUUUUUUCAUUCAGCCGACUUGGUUUCGUUCCUUUUCGUUCGUUCGUUGCAUUCGCAGAUUUUGAUGUUUCAAAAAACCCCGAACUUUCGGUUAUAAAAUCAUAAAUUUCUGUUCAAAUAAUUGAAGAAAAAACUAAAAGAGAGAAAAAAUUUCCCUGUUUUGGAUUCACACAUUUAGAGGUUAUUCAACAAAACAACAAGAAGUAAAAACUAACCUUGAAAAAGCCUCAUAGGUUGAUUUAAAAGACCGACGACGAAAGAAGAAUAAUAACAAAAACGACAAGAACUACUACUACGAACAAGUGGCAGAAAGUAGAGCGCAGAAAACAUACGACAGCCUGAUAAGAACCAAUAAAUCUUAGAAUUUUGAGGCUCCAGCAACAUUUUAAUUGGACAUAAAUUGAAAUCAAACGUUCAUUAAGUUUUGGAACCUCUUACGAAGAGGACGUCUUUAUUUGCUGAGCGCUCAUAUUAAUUGAAUAGAAUUUGGGCUGGUGCACAAGUUCCUAAUUAAAUUAGUUGUCUUUCUACAAAACUCCCCGAGUAGAGACUUCUGUUAUUACACUGAGAAGGACCUAGCAAGACAUUGUAAUAAUGGUUUCCUACUUUAUUCCCCGUGGCCGUUUCCUGAUGAAGGCAGGAAAUUGGCGCCAAAUGCAUCAGAAACAUCAACAGCAAACGCAGACACAGGCCGGCAAGUGGCCAUUGAUUAAGAAUUUGCGUCGACCAUUUUCGCAAAAGGCUGUCGGAGGCGGCAAUGCGGUGCAAAACGACGCCAAAGUGGAGAAUUUGAUCAAGUCGAAUAGCCUGCACAAACAACAGACACGCACACCUCCUUCGCUGCAGGCCAAACGUCAACAGGAUUUGCAAAAGCAACGCCUCAGCAUUUUCCUGAGAUGGACAGGAUUAUUGUUGAAAUGGGCUCCCGUUGGAAUAUGUGUUUUUGGUGCCAUCGAAUGGCAGCUACACAAACAAAAUACCGUCAAAGAACAAAUACCCCAUACCGCUUCAGAAUUCCAAUCGAAAAUCUAUUGUUCCUUGCCGUUGAGACUUUUGAGCAGAGCCUGGGGAUGGUUGGCAGCUUGUCAUAUACCGGAGAACUUUAGACCCUACAUUUACGGCUGGUACUCGAAUGCAUUCAAUGUGAACAUAGAGGAGGCAAAGUAUCCGGACUAUAAACAUUACAAAAGUUUGUCAGAGUUCUUUACGCGACCGUUAAGGGACGGGGUGCGGCCUAUAGAUGAAAAGGCGCCGCUAGUGUCACCGGCGGAUGGAAAAAUAUUACAUUUUGGCACUGCCUCCAAGUCGUUGAUUGAACAAGUGAAAGGUGUCAAUUAUAGUAUACAAGAUUUCUUGGGUCCAGCUUCCUGGGUGGAUAAUAAAACCGUUGCCGAAGGCGAGGACUAUGCGGAUGUGAUCAAACAUAAACGCGAUGGUUCGACAAGUCUGUAUCAGUGUGUCAUAUACUUGGCUCCCGGAGAUUAUCAUCGUUUCCAUUCGCCCACCGAAUGGCAAGCUGUGUUACGCCGCCACUUCACCGGUGAACUGUUGUCGGUCAGUCCCAAAAUUGCCACUUGGCUGCCGGGUCUGUUCUGUCUCAACGAACGUGCCUUAUAUUUGGGCCAAUGGAAACAUGGCUUCUUCAGUUAUACCGCCGUCGGAGCCACAAAUGUUGGUUCCAUGGAAUUUGUCAUGGACAAGCAAUUGAAAACCAAUCGCUGGGUUGGUUGGAAAAAUCAACGUGGCUAUGAAGAAUUGGCCUUGCAGGAGAAUACCAAAUUGAGCAAAGGCGAAUUGGUGGGCCUAUUCAAUAUGGGCAGCACAAUUGUUUUGUUGUUUGAGGCUCCAACCAAUUUCAAAUUUAACAUUGAGGCUGGUCAGAAAAUACAGGUUGGACAACCAUUGGGUUACUUGGAGUAGACGAGAACAACCACCUAUCCCCGAGCAAAGAGUCUUAACAAAUUCACUUUCAAUGAAUUCGUUUUUUAUUGAAAACAAGAAAGAGACUAAACUCUCUCCUUAAGAAGAAAAAACAAGCCAUGCAUCAGCAGAUUUAGAUGUUGAUACAAUGGCCAAUGAUGGGCUACUAUGUAUGUUCCAUAUAUAGUAUUUGUGGGUAUUUUUUUAUGGCCAUUUAUUUUUUGAAUGGAAUGAAUGUGUAUAAAAGAUUUUUUUUGAAAUUGCUAUUUCCUGUGUGGAAAUGUUCUUUGUUUGUUGUGCGAUAGAGAGAGAGAGUGGGUUUGUUCUAUGAAAAUAUGAAAAAAUAUUUUUAAUUUCAUAUUUUCAUAGAAGAAUAAUAUAGCCCCCAGAACUCAGUUUAAAGUAGAUAGAUGCUUGAAAAUAAAUGUUUGAAAAUUUAAACUAAACAAUGUAAAUAUUAAAGAAGCUUUAUUAGAAACUAUUUAUUUUUCCAUAAAUAUCUAAUCUGUACAAAGUCCUUAAAAAUAGUAAAAUUUACAUUUUGUAAUCAAGCCAUCCACCCAAAUUCCUCUUAAAACGAACGCAUAAAAAAUACUACUUAAUUCUAAUCACAUGCAUAUAUUGUUCGGAAAAAAAGUUCCCCAUUUUUUUUUUUUUUAAUUGAAUUGAUUUAUGUCAAACCACUUCACUCACUUACUGGUCAUACGCCAGGCGAUUUAAAAAUCUUAAGCCUUCUGAUAAAUUGGUUUGACGGAAUUCUUUCUAUUCACAUUUCAACUAAUUCCCACAAUGAUAAAAAGCCAAACUACAACUGGUUUUAUUGUUAUAAUGGGUCAUAAAACACACACACACCACCCGCACUUUGUGCCUUCGUGAGAUAAGAACAUUUUUUUCCUUCAAAUUAUUUUAAGUAUAACUUAUGUUUAAUAUUUAUGUAAUUAAUUUAUAAUAUCCUCCUCCCCCCUUUUUAAAGGUCUUUCAAGUCUUUAGACUGGAAGCCAUAUUCAUUUGUUUAAAUACAUAAUGUAUACGCUAUGUUUAGCUACAAAUGUUUAAAAAAGUUGCUGCUCAUUUAAAUAUGAUAGAGAACAUUUUGUAUGCAUUAGUUUUGAACGAUAUCUUAUUUUUAAUUUGUAUUAUUUUUUAAGACUUAAAAUACCUUGCAUAUUGUUAUAUUUAGGCUAUUGUAAUAUAUAUAAGAUUUUGAAAAUUACUUUGAAAUAAAGUUUGUUUACGAAGCAUAAAUAA